AUGACGAGUGCGCCCCAGAAAAAGAGUCGGCCCUAUUUCGGGUUGACUGGGGGAUGGCUAACCUUUUGGGUGACGGUUGCUUGCGCAACUGACAUGACCCUCUUCGGGUACGACCAAGGCGUUUUCAGCGGCGUGGUAAUCACUGAAGACUUCCUCGAAAUCCAUGACCUCGUCGGGCCGACCAAAACUAAAACCUUAUCCACGGUCACAGCAAUCUACGAUGUUGGUUGUUUUCUUGGGGCCAUUCUGGCAUUUACAAUUGGUGAAGGUCUUGGUAGAAAGAAGACCGUUUUGGCGGGAACUACCAUCAUGGCUGUUGGGGCCAUCCUGCAGGCCACAUCUUUCAGUUUGGAGCAAAUGUUUGUGGGGCGCAUCAUAUCGGGAAUCGGGAAUGGCGUCAACACUGCGACAGCCCCUGUGUGGCAAACUGAGACCUCGCAGCUUAAAUGGCGAGGAAAGCUAGUAAUCCUCGAAAUGAUGAUGAAUAUUGCCGGCUAUGCCUUUGUAAAUUGGGUUAAUUACGGUUUAUCUUUUGCAGGCGGUGCCAUUGCCUGGAGACUCCCACUCGCAUUGCAGUUUUUGUUCCUCUUUGUUCUGUGGUCUACCACUCCUUGGCUCCCAGAAUCACCUCGAUGGCUCUUGGCCCACGGUAAAGAGGAUGAGGCUGUGGAGGUGAUCAGUUGUCUGGAGGCGAAAUCGCUAAACGACCCUUUUGUCAUUGCACAACGCAAUGAAAUCAAUUUCACCAUUGAAUACGAACGUGAGAAUUCCGUUCGGUGGCGCGAUCUGCUGAAGAAGAGUCCAAAUGACACAAACACCCUUCGCCGUCUUCUUCUUGGCGCCGGCAGCCAAUUUAUGCAACAGUUUGGGGGCAUUAACAUCAUGUCUUACUAUUUGCCGACCGUGCUCAAAAGUUCCGUGGGAUUCUCUGACGAGAUGGCACGCCUGCUAACAGCUUGCAAUGCCAUCUCAUACUUUUUCUUUUCGGGACUCGCUGUCCUGCUAGUUGAGCGAAUGGGACGCCGAGGCCUGAUGCUCCUUUCAACAUUCGGCCAAUUUGUGUGUUUCCUAGUAAUCACCAUUUUGCUUCGCUUUGCGGAUGUAUACCCUGACAAUGAUUCUUAUGGAUCUGCUGCCGUUGCUUUCAUUUUCUUGUUCCAUGCCAGCUUUGGUGUUGGAAUGCUGGGCGUUCCUUGGCUUUAUCCGACAGAAAUCAACUCUCUCCCUAUGAGAACCAAAGGUGCAGCACUUGCCACUGGAACUGAUUGGCUCACUAAUUUCAUCAUUGUGGAAAUUACCCCCAUAGGGAUUCAAAACAUUGGUUGGAGAUUUUGGAUUGUGUGGACGGUGACCAAUUUCCUGUUCUUGCCCAUUAUAUACUUUCUCUAUCCAGAAACAGCCAAUCGAAGUUUGGAAGAUAUCGAUGCAUACUAUCGGACAAAGCCGUCUCUGGUUGUGGUCGGGGAUCGAGAUGCAAUUUCCAGAGGCCGACCGCAGAGAUACAUCGAUCAUGAAGAAGAAGAGAUCAAGCGAACUGCUGCGGGCAAGGGUAUUGCUCAACCGGUGGUUGCCGAGCAUGUGGAAUGGAGCACUGGCAGUGAUGGCAGAUGA